AAAAGUACUUAUUCUUUAUUUUGGGAUCUUUAAUUUGGGAUCACAGCAGAAGCGCCGCUGACAGGAGAAGGAAGCGGGAACUUCAAGCCCAUCCAGCGCACCAACAAUGAAACGCAGAAUUAUUUGUUAAACCUCCCACUAACAACUUGUGAUUUAAAGGUCACUUCAGAAAAGGAAUCAAGGUCAGGCACCGAUAAUCCCGCAUCGGAGGCGGCCUUCCGUUUCUCCCCGUAGCUGCGCGUUACGGCGGCGCCGGGUGGGGACAGGGUUGCGAGGCCCCCCCUGCCCUCCCACGACAGGGCACGGCACAGCACGGGACGGUAAGGCCCGGACACCCUCCGCUUCCACGCAUGACGCCGGGCCACUCGCGCGAUCCCAGGUCCACGUGGAAGACCGGGGUGCCCCGAUCCCCGCGGUAUAACCGGCGGCUGCCGCUCGGGGGCAGCGGGGCGGGGCGACAAGUUCCCCAAACUUUGCCUCUUCGGAGCGGACCCGACCUCCCAGCCGGCUCAAUUUCUAGCCCCGGCCCGGCUCCCGACCCCCGCAUCCAGCGCGACGGCGCCCCUCCCUUCCCGGCGGACCGCGGGCCGGGCCCCCCCGCGGUCGCCGCCUACCCCGCCCGUCGGGGGCGGGCAGGGGGAGGAGCGCGACGGGCCGGGCGGCGCCGGAGGGGCUAGGGGGAGCUGUGCACCUGGUACGGCGGGGCGGCAGCGCGGCGAAGGAAGGAGCGGCGCUGUCCGCCGCCUGCGAAAGCUUCUCCCCGCCGUUAGUCAGCGCUGGUCUCGCUGCUUCUCUCUCCUCCCGCCCCUUCGGCGCGGAGCUGGGCUUUCGCUCCUGUUCCCCUCGGGGCUGGCGGCAGCGAGUCCUCCUUGUUCUCCUCCUCCGUCUUCCCCCCGGGCCCUAUGGCUUCGUCCGGCAGCGGCAUGGAGGAGGUGCGCGUCUCGGUGCUGACCCCGCUGAAGCUCGUGGGGCUGGUGUGCAUCUUCCUGGCGCUGUGCCUGGACCUGGGAGCCGUGCUGAGCCCCGCCUGGGUGACAGCGGAUCACCAGUACUACCUGUCCCUCUGGGAGUCCUGCCGCAAGCCCGGCAACUUGGACAGCUGGCUCUGCGAGUCCACGCUGCACAGCGACUGGCAGAUAGCUACUCUUGCUUUGCUGCUGGGUGGUGCUGCCAUUAUUCUCAUAGCUUUCCUGAUUGGGUUGAUCUCUAUCUGCGUGGGAUCUCGAAGGCGGUUCUACAGACCAGUUGCAGUCAUGCUCUUUGCUGCAGUUGUUCUUCAGGUGUGCAGCUUAGUCCUUUACCCAAUCAAGUUCAUCGAAACGGUCAGCUUGAAAAUAUACCAUGAGUUCAACUGGGGCUAUGGCCUGGCUUGGGGUGCAACUAUAUUUUCAUUUGGGGGCGCCAUUCUUUAUUGCCUGAACCCUAAGAACUAUGAAGACUAUUACUAGAAUCAUUUAAUGAAAAGAAAAAUAACAAAAGGAUUACCCCAUAUUUUCUAACUCACAGUUUUUUUAGAACACUUGUGGAGCACCAGUCUGCUCUGUUGAUAAAAUAGCCUUUGCCUUUUGGGUGUGAACACUGUAACCAGCUUUUACAACCAUUUAAAAGAACUGCAAACACUAGGAUUGGUGAUCUUACAUAGGCAGAUGCUGCAAGCUGCUGAUACAUAAGCUUCAUUUUUCUGACAACAAGCAAAAGGAUCUACGUGACAGCGAUCAUUGUGGAAAAACUAGUUGGAAUGAGAAUGCAAUGCCAGCAUCUGCUAUUGCCUUCAGGGGAGCAGCUGCUAUAGGCUCCAUUUAGAAGUUUCCAUGUAUCAUAGAGGAUUCAGAUGUCCGAUAAGCAGGCAAUGGCAUUGUGUACAAUAGGCUGUGUUGGCCCCUUGUUACUUGCUCAAAAAAGCUCUUAAGAAAUUAGUUGCAAGUGACUGUGUUGAGGGCAGUGAAUGUAACUGGUUAAUGACUUGUCUAAUAUCUACAUUCAACAGUCUUCUGGGAGAAGAAUAAAAAAAACCCCAAAACAAACAAGCCACCAACCUCACAGGAUUUCAUGAAUCUGUAAUUGAGAUCACUGUGCCAGCUGUAGCAGAUUGUUGAAGGAAGUCCAAACCUGGAGACAUGUGCCUCUGACUGUGUAGUUGGAAAUUGUCUCAGCUCCGAGUAUUUUGCUGGAAGGGUGGAGAUAGGGGAGAGCAGAAAAAGACCUCAUCUGUCAGUGGGGCAUCUAAAAUUAUGAAUGAAUUGUAGUUGUCCUAAAUACCCAUUUAACUUCCAAACACUGUCAUGAAAAAAAUACAUAUGGAACGAGUUCAAUUAUAUUUUUGAAAGAUAUUCGUUAGGAUAAAUAAAUAUAUAUAAUACAAAUAUAAAUGCAGAGGGAAAGAGAUGAUUAGUCUUAAAAUUGUAAUAUGAGCAGUGAUGCAAUGGUUAAAAUACUAACUUUGUGCACAUCUUUAAAGUCUUGGAUUGGUACCCUCAAUUUUGGUUGGUGUUGCAAAAUAAACAUAAAAUGGUUUGUCUUCUGUAUAUGCCCUUGUACAGGCUCUGUAUUAUGGGAAAUGCUUAAAAGUUCACAUCAAGUUAAGGUAGAACUGAACAAAGGAACUACUUGCUAUUCCAUGUGUAAUCUAGUACUUAUUAAAAAUUCUUUUGUAAGGCUGUUGCAAGGAAAAAAACUGCCAUUUUUUUAAAAAUCUAAUUAGGCUGUGAGUAUUUCUGAUCAUCAGCUGAGACCCCAUCAUGUCUAUGUUAAAACAUUAGUACUCUUGGUUUUAAAAGCUGAGUUUAUAAUGGACUGGCUGAUGAUCAUGUAGAUCUGAUUACUGCUUGCUUAGUAUGUUUCCCACUUAGAACAUCCAGAGGGCUGUACUCAUGAAAUGAAACCCAAGAUAAAGUAGAGAACUUUCACGUGGUUUUAGUCCGCAUCACUUUUAUUUUUGUUUACUAUUUGCUUAUUUGGAUAUUUUUAUUAAUUAUGAGCAUAUUUUUAUACAAUUCUAAUCUCUAGAAAUACCUAUUUUUUUUUUUUUAAUGGAGAAAUUUUAAAUAUAUUCUAUGUGGACCUCUGCAAAAGCAGAUAUGCUGGGGUUGCACAUUGACCUCUACACAAAUGGUUUUGCUGGUUCCACAGAAAAGACUGCUGAAUUACUCGAUGUUAAGACCACAUCUACAGUUUUAAUGCUUGUUCCACUCUUUGCAGGGGCAGAGGUUCUGCGAUGACUGCGGGAGGUUGUUGUGAAAGUAUUGCUGAUGUACAGAGAUGGUUUAUAAAACUCUGGGUCUCUCUGUUAAAUAUUUGUUACCAUGGCAGAGUAUUCCAUAUCAGCAGUCUUUUCAGGACCAGUGGUGAUUAAUUAGAUUAGUCAGAGCAAAAUGAUAGCGUGAGUUGGAAGGGAUUGUAGGGCAAUGCCUGGAGAACAAAAAGGGUGGGGACAACAAUUAGAUGCACUUGUUUUACAGGCACCAGACAACUUUGCUUUCUUUUCCUGAGACUGACUAAAGGUGGAUAUUCGGUAUAUAGUUAAGUCUGUAUCUUUCUGAACAGCUGUGUAAUUCUACUUUUAUUUAGCAGCAUGGAGAACAUUGAAGUUUGACAUGGGAUUUAGGUUAGCGCAGAGAAGUCCACUGUGAGAUGUCUGUACCUUUCUAGGAGGAUAGUGUUUUUGUGCUGACAUUGGGUGGCACUUCGCCUAGUGUAACAAGAAGGUACAGUGCUGACCCCAUAUCGUAUCCCACUAAUUUAUCAAAUCAUUUUUCUUUAUGUAGGGUUUGAGUGAAAACAACUGUCAAGCCGAAGGCAUAUGCAAAUUAGUGGCAUGCACUCCGAAAGUCAUCUGGCUGUGAAUUUGGAAGGUGUUCAGGCAAAAGAUUUACAAACAUGAAUGCCUAAAGAUAAGCUUCUUCAUUAAUAUUUGAGUCAGAGAUCUGAUUUUCAGUCUCAACACUUGUUUCCCCUUGAAUAUAAUGCAAUCUAUUAGGACCCACCUCUCAAACUCCUCAGGUCAUUUGCGUUUGGGCAUCUAGUAUAUAGGUUUAGAUACCUACCUUUAACUUAAGUUCAUACUGCUGUUUCCUUUUUCCUCUCCCCCUUACCAUUGCUGAUUUUGGCAAGCAUUCUGUUUCUCAGCACUGAACUGAAAGUAAAUACAACAUUAUGCUGAUUUUUUUUUUCCUAGCCACAAAAAGGAUACAUAUCUGUGUCUUGAUUGUAUGUAUGACAACUUAAUCAUUUUGUAUGUUGUGCUUGUGUCAUGGCACCCUUAUUUCAGUUGUUUGGCUUUAUCUCACAGGCAGGAUGAUUCUCUCACAAUGAAUCCAUUGGUUUUCUUCCAAAUAAAUAUAUAUAGCAAACUUGCAAGCAGGGCUAGUUAUUUGUAUUUUUUAAGCUUGAAGUAUACCGUCCGGUGCUGAUAAGUACCUAGCACCUCUUCUGGAUUUCUUGCACAACUUCAUUUAGCUUUUGUAAAUUUUAAAAACAAAUAUAGAGAGACCUAUGUGUUUGAAAUAUAAAUGAUAUAUAUAUGGAUUAGCAUGUAACUGUAUAUUAUUAAACAUGCAAUGAACUGACUGGUAAGUGAAGUCUAAUCUUAUGGCUAGCAAUGUAAUUUAUUCAGACUAUUUUUGUACAGCGCAGUGCACACUAACCUAUUGCCUCUGUGUCCUCUAUAAUGCCUAAAACUGUGCCUAGAAAUUCCAUUUCUGUCUUUAAAGGAAAAAAAAAGAUAACUAAACACUUCAUAUUGUUGAUGGUAUGGGUUUUUCUGAUGUUGUUAUUUAUUUUUGAGAAGUGUAUGGUAUGUUUAUUAAGUGAAUCCAUCAAAAUAUGGUUCGUUUUAAAUGGUCAUUGUUAGCAGAGAAAGACACAUGGGUUUUUUUAUCAAAACUUUUAAGUUUGCAGUUUUAAUACCAUUUCUGCAUUUCACGAUUUUUGUAGCUUACAUAAAGUUUUAUGUGAAAAAGUAACUGAAAUAAAAAAAAUCUGUUACAC